AUGAAGGAAGACGUGGAAAUGGAAGCCCGGUCCAUCUUGAGCAUCGUGAAGAACAAUGUCAGACUCAGCAAGGAGCAGGUGGAGGGCUUCGGCGACUGUCUCACCAACAUCUUGUGCGAGCGCUUUACGGGCCACUGGUAUUCCAAGAAGCCUGUUAAAGGACAGGCGUAUAGAUGCAUAAGGAUAAACCGGACAGAUCCUGUGGACAGUUCUCUCAUACCCACCUCUAGUCUGGCCGUUCCAAUGGAUCCCACAAGUUCCUAUGCCUUUCUAGUGAGAGACAUUCGGUCCCUUGAUGUCACUGGAAAUUUCAAUCCUUGUGAGCUUCUGCUGACUGGAGACCAAGCCUUCCCGGUCCUUGUAAGUUCCACGAGACAGCCGCUCAUUGCCGCGUCCCAGUACGGAAAAGGGCGGAUGGUGGUUGCCGCUCAUGAAAACAUCCUGCAACUUCCCCAGUUCUUGCCAUUGGUUAAAAAUGCCCUGGAGUGGCUCAGGCCUUCCUCAGGAGCCCAAGUGGGGGUCCACCAAAGCAUGGAUGCCCUCUCGGAGAUGCUCCUUGGCAGUGGGGUCAAAGUCCAUCCAGGGGCAGCGCUCGGGGACUCCCUCGGGGUCUACUGCAUCGAUGCCUACGACGAUUCACAGGCGGAUGAGCUUGUGCGGUUUGUAAAACGAGGUGGUGGGCUGCUCAUUGGAGGGCAGGCCUGGCACUGGUCUUCCAUGCACGGCCAGGAGAAAGUCCUGCAGGAGUUUCCUGGGAACCGGGUGACCAGCGUGGCCGGAAUAUACUUCACUGGCAACGUGGGAGAGAACGGGGUCUUUCCUGUGCCCCAGAACAUGCCAAGGAUUCCCCUGAUCAGCCAGCAUGGACUGGACCUUCAACAUGAUUUAAACACUCUUCUGAACGGCGUCCCCGAGUUCCAACUGCAAGACAGCGUCCCUUCUCGCCUGCUCAUCCACGGGGUUUUGGCAUUUCCAAUCAGCAUGACCGAUUCCUAUGAAACAUUCCUUGGAGCUGCGUAUUAUGGAAGAGGACGUGUUGUGGUUGUAGCACAUGAAUGUCUUCUUGACACACUGCCAACAGAAACGUUUCUACUCAAUGCCAUCCACUGGCUUACUGCUAGGAAGGGAGGGAAAGUUGGCCUCGGAGGUGACUUCCAGACACUUUAUUCCAUCUUAAAUCGGGCCAGGAUCCUGUGUGAGCUCACCACUCUUAAAGAGGGCCUGAGUGUCUACUGCUGCACAGCCUACCGCGACGAAGAAAGGGAAAAAAUCCACGAAUUUGUUUCGGAAGGCGGCGGUCUUCUGAUCGGAGGGCAGGCUUGGUACUGGACUAGCCAAAAUCCCAGCUCCCAGGCCAUGGCUGAAUAUCCAGGGAACAAAAUACUAAACAAGUUUGGAAUCGGAAUUACUGGGGAAAGUAUAUCAAGUGAAAGCUAUCCAGCAGGCCAGGGUAAAGAUGUGGCGUCAAGCUACCACUUUCGGAAAGCACUCUCCCAGUUCAGGGAGCACAUCCUGAACAAGAAAGCUCUACAGCCACCGUACAUGUGGCUCAAGAUGCUAGCGCCAGAUGCCUCCACCUUCUUAGAAAUUCCAGCUGCCAACUCCCGUCCUUUCUCUUCUGUUCACGAGGACAUGGGGGAGACCGUCCAGAUCCGUGGGAUUCCUGAUGUCAGUGCGAGCAAAUCAAUCAGCUCCUCCUCGGAUGAAGCCGUUUUACUCCACUUCGCUUGGGGACUCUACAACGUUGGGUCAAUGGCGCAAACUAUCUGGAUCAAUGGCACAAACGAUGGAGAAGAAGCAUGGAGAAGCACGAGGAUGUAUGUCCCCCCAGGAAAGACCGUGACCUUGAUCUUCCCAUCUGAGGCCACUGGUGCUAAAUUUCAGGUACAGAUCGGCUGCCAUUCUGAUAACUUGAGCAACGCCGAGAAGCUGGAACGUCCUCCGGUGGUGGUAAGACAAUUCCCAGUUACGAGUCAGAGGAUGGAGGUGUCCAGCUUGUGGGGCGGCCUCUUGUACAUCAUUGUGCCAAAGAAGUCUUCCGUGGGCGCCAUCUCUGUCACCGUAGAAGGCGCGGCAAUGGCUCCGUAUUUCAAGCACGGUGAAACUAGGGUAAGCGACUGGCGGAACACCAUACGCCAUUACCCAGCGCCCUGGGCUGAGCUAGAAACUAUGGAUAUCAUCUUGACGGUGCCCUCAGACGAGGCACGCAAAAUGGACGAUCCAGAGACCCUGCUCUCCACUUGGGCCUGGAUGAUGAAAGCAGUGGCCGAAUUGGCCUCCAUUCCUCCAGUCUUCCCCAGACCUGAGAGAAUCGUGACGGAUGUUCAGAUAUCAGCUGGUUGGAUGCACUCUGGCUACCCGGUCAUGGCAAAUGUGAGGGCGAUACAAGAGAUUGUGGACGUCCAGGCCUUCCAUACAAAGGGGAUCUGGGGCCCUAUCCAUGAGCUGGGUCACAAUCAGCAGAACGAGGGAUGGGAUUUUCCGCCCCAUACCACGGAAGCCACCUGCAAUCUCUGGUCUGUUUAUGUCAAUGAGACGGUACUCAACAUCCCCAGAGGGAAAGCCCAUUCAGACCUUCAGCCAGAUCUAAGAAAGAAAAGGAUUGAGAAAUAUAUACAAGAAGGAGCUCAGCUGAAGAACUUUGAAGAAUUCACUGCACUGGAACCCUACUUACAGCUUCAGGAGGCAUUUGGGUGGGAACCGUACAAGCGUCUCUUUGCCGAGUACCAAAAGAUGACCAGCGUUCCAACUGACAACAAAUCCAAGAUGAAUCUCUGGGCAGAAAAGUUUUCCCAGGCAGUGAGCAAGAAUCUAGCCCCUUUCUUUCAAGCCUGGGGGUGGCCCAUUGAGGACAAAAUUUCCCAGAAGCUGGCCAGAACCUACCCUCCAUGGAAAGAAGACCCCAUGAUGAAGUACUGGAGAUGAAGCAAAGAAUGCACACAUCUAAUUCACCGAAGGACAAUUCAAUUUUCCAGAAUGUUUGAAACAUUCAGAAACCACGAUCACAGAUUCCCUUAACCUUCUCCAAAGUUAACAUAGUGUAUCUAUACCUUCUAAUGAUUUCAUGUAGGACCCAAGUUUUCUCCUCUGGAUAAAUUUGUUUUCCAAUGUCCUCCUUAAGCUGUAGCGACCUGAACUGCAGUAUUCCAUCGCUUGGCCAAGCUAGUAGAAAGUGGCGAGUCCUACAUCGUGGAGGCCAUGAAUCUGGUCCAGAUUUUCUUCUAUCCUUUUAAAGGUGCUAUCCAAGGUGCUAAAAUAUGUAAAGUUCAGAAUAAUAACCAGAGCAAAUUCACUGCCCCCAUGACAUUGGGGUCACUACCCUGACCAGCACCAGUGGGAUGAGAACGACUACUUCCCAUGCUAUGGACCCAGCACUUCUGCCAAGCCGAAACAUGGGGGUGUCUGGGGUUCAACGUAUCACUCAAGACGGAGACUAAAUUUAGGCUGUAACCUAGGCAUAAUAAUCAGUAACAUAAAUAACUGAUCAUGAUUGAUGAGAUAUAACCAAGAGGAUUUCACAACCCUUAAGAUAAACUGCAUUACACUGUGGACUCCCUCUUAUGGCAAAGGCUAGGUAGGAUCAUAAUUUGGCUACAACAGACUAUUUCAUUGGCAUAAGGCACCACAUCCAUUUAUUCUCCAACUUGGGUGACACUGGGAUUGCUAUGUAAUUUGGUGGCGAAACACUUGAAAAGCUUAUAUCUUAGCCUCUAUGAAAUGUUAAGCACGUCGUUCUUAUGUAUCCUUUCCAGGAGUUUGAUUUGUCUCUAAUUAAGAUGCCGGGAUUUGCCUCUAAUUAAGAUGCAGAGCGUCCUCAGUCUGGAAACAAUGCAACCGGUUCCUUGCCUCCCGGAUUGAUAAGGGUCAUGGGCUUCACAAAAUUCAAUUCAUUUUUGGAAGCGGUUUCCACCAACCUAAAAUGUGCCAUGCUUUUGCAACUGAACAUAAUUUUAAUGUUUAAUUUUAAUGAUUAAUUUUUUAUGAUUGAGAGUUCAGUAGCUCUGUUCAUGAUUCUGCUUUGCUCCAUCUUAUACUUUCUAGUGAUUUUGAUUUUACUUUUGUCACGAUUCCAACUCCCUCUCCCCUUUUCCUUAAUUCUAUUUUAACACUUGAUCCGACCCUGCAAAUUGAUUGUAUUCUCCUCUUCUGUGUUUUUAAAAUAUUACUGUGAGCCUUUUGUAUCUCACUUUGGCAGAAGGAAGCAUAUGAACACAAUAAGUAAAUUCAGUAAUUUUACAACCAGCUGUUUACCUGACUGGAUUAGUUCCAAGUCAAAUUUGCCAUUAUUUAGUUUGCUACCGAGCACCUGGAAUUACUGUCACUCCGUGGAUUCUCUGAAUUAGAUGCUGAUGACUGAUGGGCUACAGUCUUAGCUAGACUAUUUACCUUCAUAAACACCUCUGGCAUUUUCCCUCAUGUCUGGAUAACAAGUAAUGUUGCUCUUAUUUUUGAAAAAAGGAGAUCCAAUUGAUUCGUGUCACCAGUAUACUGAUGACACCCAGCUCUA